UUCUAAUAAAAAAGCAACACAAAAUAGUCCCUUUGGUGCAGUCUCUUUUUUACUUUUUCUUUAUUUCUCAUCAUCAUCUUCUUCUUCUUCACAAUCUUCAACUUAAAUUCUCAUAAAAAACAUUAUCAUUCUGUUAUUUUCUCUCUAAUUUAUCAGCUCUAUCAGCCCAGAUUCUUUUUUCCUUUUCUGAUAAUACUUACCAAUUACACAUUUUUUGGAAAAAUUUCUAUGUUUAGUUAGCAAUAAUGACAAGAGUAAGCCGUAAUUUUGGAAAUACAAUGCAUAGAGAUGCUGUUCCUGCUGUAUCAGCGGAUGUAAUGUUUGCUUCGAGUCGAUUUCCUAAUUAUAAACUUGGAAAUAACAAUCAAAUUGUGGAGGCAAAGGAUGAUCCAAAAGUGUUGUCUAUGAAAGAGGCUGUGGCUCGUGAGACUGCGAUGCUUUUAGAACAGCAGAAACGCUUGUCUGUUCGUGACCUUGCUAGUAAAUUUGAGAAGGGUUUGGCUGCUGCUGCUAAGUUAUCUGAAGAGGCUCGACUACGAGAUGUAGCAUCAUUGGAGAAGCAUGUUCUUCUGAAGAAGCUUAGAGAUGCACUGGAAUCCUUAAGAGGGCGUGUGGUGGGAAAAAACAAGGAUGAUGUGGAGGAAGCUAUUGCAAUGGUGGAAGCUUUAGCAGUUCAGUUGACUGAAAGGGAGGGAGAGUUAAUUCAAGAAAAAUCAGAAGUAAAGAAGUUGGCUAAUUUUCUUAAGCAGGCUUCAGAAGAUGCCAAGAGACUUGUUGAUGAGGAGAGAGCCUUUGCUCGUGCUGAAAUUGAUAGUGCCAGAGCAGCAGUUCAGAGAGUGGAAGAAGCCCUUCAAGAACACGAACGAACGUCUCGGGCUUCAGGAAAGCAGGACCUGGAAGAAUUAAUGAAGGAGGUUCAAGAGGCUAGAAGGAUCAAAAUGCUGCAUCAGCCAAGCAAGGUUAUGGAUAUGGAACUUGAGCUAAAUGCAUUGAGGAUUCAACUUUAUGAGAAGUCUAAACGUUCUCUUCUACUUCAGAAAGAGCUGGCAAGGAGCAAGAGAGGCGAAGAGAACAUCUCCCAGCUGUACGAGUUAGAGGGCUCUGAAGCCUUAGGCUCAUAUUUGCAGAUUUGUCCUUGCUCUGACCAUGUUCCUGAAUUUUCUAAAUGUUCAAUUCAGUGGUAUCGUGUGUCAUCUGAAGGUGGAAAAAGGGAACUUAUAUCAGGGGCUACAAAAUCAGUGUAUGCUCCAGAACCUUUUGAUGUUGGGCGCAUCUUGCAAGUUGAAAUCUGCUCUGAUGGCCAACAAAUCACGUUAACUACAUCUGGUGCAAUUGAUCCUGCUGCUGGUUUGGGGAGCUAUGUGGAGACACUUGUGCGGAAACAUGAUGUUGAAUUUAAUGUAGUUGUUACCCAGAUGAACGGUGCAGAUCAGCAAUCAGAAUCUAUUCAUGUGCUUCAUGUUGGAAAGAUGAGGAUGAAGCUUCAUAAAGGAAAAACGACAUUGGCAAAAGAAUACUACUCGGCUUCAAUGCAGCUAUGUGGAGUUAGAGGAGGUGGAAAUGCUGCACCACAAGCUAUUUAUUGGCAAGUGAAACAAGGGCUUUCAUUUGUAUUAGCAUUUGAAUCAGAGAGGGAAAGGAAUGCUGCCAUUAUGCUUGCAAGGAGAUUUGCCUUUGAUUGCAAUAUAAUGCUUGCUGGGCCAGACGAUCGAUCUCCCUUGGGAACAUAAUCGACUGAUCUUUGAUAUUAUGUUUCACUAAUUGUAAUUAAAAAUAGCAAGUUUGAUAUGUAUUUAUAGGUUUGUAACAGUAGUAGGAUCUGGCAUGUCGUAUUGCGGUAUGAGCUCUCACCAUUCUUUUUUUCGAUUUUGUUUCUUCUUUUUGUGUCGACAGCAAGGCGUAUUUUUUGUUAGCCUUUUUGUGUACCAGAGUGUAAAAUUGGUGAUUGAAUAUAUGUGAUAUCUAUUGAAACAUUAUAAC